AGCUUCACUUACCCGGAAGUAGAGCGCCACGACUUCAAAAUGCCGGGAAACAACUUUCGUCAACACUGAUGUUGCUUUUUGUUUUAAUAACCAAAAGAGUUUCCCAAAAGUGAAAUAAACACAGAUAUUGUGGAGCAGCCAUGGAUGAAUAUGACGAAAUGUUUGAGAUUGAGGACGAUUUCGAAGAGCAGUUCGCCGACGAGUUGGAUGCUUUGGCUCAGUUGGAAGAGGAAUAUUCCAAGCCUGCGAAGCGUCAGAGGCAGAGUGCAAAUGAUGACUCCUCCCACCUAGAAUACCAGCAGCUGUCUGAUCAGCCAAUCACUCCAACAGCAAAGCGUCAGAAGCAAGACGUCGGUGUGGUCAAGCGACUUUUUACCUCUGCGCCGAGUGAUGACAUCACGCCGCCUUCCUCUCCAGAACACUAUGAACCACCUCAUACAGUCGGAGCUUCCUCAGGUGCAGCUCUGGAUAUCAGUGGCUUUGCAACAAUAUCAGAGUCUCCCAGGCCACCUGCUGCCAUGGCAACGCAGUCACGUGCAAUGAGAAGACCCCCUUUAGAAGGCGACUACGUCACCGUCACCGACUCUUCGGGGAGUCGCAUCUACCUCCGCCAGAAGGACACCGAAGCAGAAAAGGUGGCAGACUGCAGAAUGGUACCAAACUCCCAGGGUUCUUUGGGGCUGAUCGCUGUGCCAGUAGGUGUCCUGAGAGAGCAAGAGGCAGACAGACGCCACCAGCAGGUUGUAGAGGAGUCACAGCGCCUCACAGAGCAACUAGCCAGCAGUGUGAAUGACAUCUUGGUUGAGCCUGAAGGUACAGAGGAGGAAGAGGGGGAUCCAGAAGACUCUGAGGGUCAAAGUUUUCGACUGUGGGUUGAUAGAUAUUCUCCUCGCCACUACACUGAGCUGCUCAGUGAUGAUUUUACCAACCGUUGUCUGCUGAAGUGGCUGAAGCUGUGGGACACUGUGGUUUUCGGAAGAGAGAGGGUUUCUCGCCCCGCGCGGCCCGACAGACAAGCCCCAAAGCAAGCCUCAUUCAAACCCAAUCAAGCCAAUCAGAACCUAAAUCGCUUCAAAAGCAAGAUGGAGAUGACUGAGGAGAUACUGGAGGCCGAACUGGACCUGUACAAACGGCCCAAAUUUAAGGUGGCGCUGUUGUCUGGCCCUCCAGGUUUGGGGAAGACCACCCUGGCUCAUGUUAUUGCGAAGCAUGCUGGCUACAAUGUAGUGGAAAUCAACGCAAGUGACGAUCGCAGUGCUGAGGUGUUCCAGAAACGCAUUGACACGGCUACGCAGAUGAAAUCCGUUUUAGGCGCCAACGAGCGGCCAAACUGCCUCGUUAUUGACGAAAUUGACGGUGCCCCGGCAGCUGCUGUCAACAUACUGUUGGCGACCCUGAACAGAAAAGACGGACACGGCAGUGAAGCUGCCGCGGAUUCCGCAAAGAAGAAGAAAAAGAAGGAAUCCAUUCUCAUGCGACCAAUCAUCUGCAUCUGUAACGACCUUUACGUUCCAGCUCUCAGACUGCUGAGGCAGCAGGCUUUCCUCCUGACGUUCCCCCAGACUCAGCCCUCCCGUCUGGCUGAGAGACUGGCAGAGAUCUCUCUCCGACAGGGGAUGAAGGCAGACACCGGCACGCUGAUGUUACUUUGUGAGAAAACAGACAACGACAUCAGGUCUUGCAUCAACACACUCCAGUUCCUUUUCGGCCGAGGUCACAAGCAGCUCAACACCAGGACCAUCCAGUGUGCGUCUGUGGGCCAGAAGGACCAAAACAAAGGAGUGUUCAAUCUGUGGCAGGAGAUCUUCCAGUUACCACGGCCUAAACGGAAACGUAUUGGUGAGAGGUUUGAGGAAGUCCCUGGUUCAGGGGGCGGCGGUCAGAGGUUCCAGCACAUUCUCGACUUGGCCUCAUCUAGUGGAGAAUAUGAAAAAGUUUCUCAGGGUCUCUAUGACAACUAUCUGUCCAUGAGGGUGCGAGAUCCCAACCUGCAGAGCGUGUGCGACGCUCUGGACUGGAUGAGCUUUUCUGACCGGCUCAACCAAGUCAUCUUGCACGGGCAGAGCUUCACCCUCAUGAAGUACCUGCCCUUCCUGUCUGUUGCUUAUCACUUCCUGUUCGCGCACCCGCACGUGCCUCGCAUCAACUAUCCACACAGCCAGCACGAGGCGACUUCUAAUCUCCAGAGCAGCAGAAACGCUCUGUCCACCAUGUUGUCCGACAUUCCGGCCAGCAUCAGGACCAGGAUCAGCCAUCUUAACCUCACCCUGGACAUUCUCACACUGCUCCUUGAUAUCAUCUGUCCCAAACUACGCCCCGUGAACCCGCAGCUGUUCAGUCGCAGAGAGAAGGAGCAGAUGUGCGAGCUGAUCAAUACCAUGUUGGCGUACAAUCUCUCGUACCGGCAAGACCGCACCCCCGAGGGGCAGUACACAUACAUCCUCGAGCCGCGUGUGGAGGCGGUGGUGAGAUUUUCGGGCCUGCCUCCUCGCCGCCAGUUGACCUAUCAGGCAAAACAAACCAUCAGCAGAGAGAUGGAGCAGGAGAAGAUGAGGAGGGCCGAGCAACUGAUGUUACAGCGGAACCCCAUAGUGAAAGAGGUAGAGAUGAUGUGCGCUGCUCCUAAACCAAUCAGGAACCAUCAUCAGAGGUUGGCGAAUAUUGUCAGACAGACCACAGUGGAGCCCAGGCAAGAGGUGGACUUUUUCGGCCGCCCUGUUGCACCCAAACAGACGACCGCAGCAUCGUCCUCAGACACAGGCCAAAAGUGUGCCGUGCUCGCCAUGGGGAAGGCGGUGGGCAACAGCGACGUGUGGUUCCGCUUCAACGAAGGCAUGUCCAACGCCGUGCGGCGGAACGUUUACAUCCGGGAACUCCUGUAACUCCGCCCCACCUCACGACCGCCACCAAAAGCACAGAAGGAUUUGCUCUCAUCAGCUCAGGGUUCAGGAACGGAUCCUCACACACGCAACCCUCGAUCCACUUCACCAGCCUGAAGAAAAACAUGCACUUUAGUCAUCCCACAUUUGACUGUAGGGAACAAAGUGGACAACGCAUGGUUAUGAGUUAUGUGUGGCAUCCAGUACAUACAGAACCCCAGACAUGACUUGUGGCCACAAUAUAGAUAGAAUGUAUCCAGAAAAUGGACAUUUGUUGUCACAAAUUAUUAAAUUGUGGACACAAAAUGCAUAUAACCUGUGCACAUAGUGUGGAUUUGUGGCCAUGAAAUAGGUAUAACGAGCGUACGGAAUAUUAGUUUGUGGGAUUAAUAUUUGAACUUGUUUGUCGGGGCAGGCAAAUGGAGCUCACAAGAAACUGCAAUACGAUUGUACAGUGAACAUUUAUCGCACAAUCCCACAAAAUCUGCGGCGUAGUGAGGCAAAUGUUUUUUUUUUUUUUUUUUUGUUUUUUUUUUAUAAAUAGUUUAGCCCCACCCACACACACCUGUAAAAACAAAAUGGAACACAAAAAAUCUCAAGCAUGAAAAUGAUAGAAAAUACUGUAUAUUCUGUAGUGUCUGUGUACAUGUGUGUGCCUUUUAAGAGGCGGGACCUGGUGGCGCGUGGCGUCGAUGAGUCUACGUGUGAGUGUCUGGGCGUGAGCAGUGGUCGACAGCAGCUCCUGUACGUGUGUACUCAUUGUGUUGAUGUGUUCUACUGUUCUCUCAGCAUUCAAUAAAUGGCUGUAAAGUGCA